GAAGGAGGCGGGACGUGUUAUUGUACAGGAAGCUGGUCCUCGCGGUGGUUGCUAGUGUAUUCUGGUGCAUACAUGGUUACUAUCACCAGGGCUUCCAGCGCAGUCUCCACUUGGAACCUGUGAGCCCUGACCCCCUGUUCACCUGAAAGCUUACUGUGGACAGAGUACGCAGGAUGGAGGAGGAGGCCCGGCCCUUCCUGGGGAAGUUUGUGGAGGAGUUCCCAGCUGCUCUGGAGGAAGGCAGUCCACUACCUGUCAGCCCUCUGAGCCGCAAAGUCACCCUGGAGGAGCUGCAUGGAGAGAGCCUUGAGCUGGGCCUGAGGCUGCUGGCUUCCAGGGGGGCUCCUGCAGGUCUCAGUGCCCUCCUGUGCCAGGCAGCGCUGUCCCAGCUGCUGCAGAACGACCUUUCACCUUUCCACUGUGCCCAGGAAGCUGGGGACAACCAGGAAGAGGAGCAGCAAGUAGUCUUGCUUCAGUCAGAGGCAGUCCAACGUCUCUUCCUCAACAAGCUAAUAGAUGUGACGCUGGCUUGGCAUCAGGACUUCCCCUUGCAUCCCCCCUCCCCCUCCCGGUUCCUCUGCUGCUCCGUUCAUGCCAUCAAGAACACAAGGAGGAAGAUGGAGGACAAACACUUGGCCCUGGCUGAGUUCAACCAGCUGUUUGGAAUCCAGAGCGGAGCAGAUUGUGCCUACUACGCUGUGUUCGAUGGCCAUGGAGGGCUUGACGCUGCCACCUACGCUGCCACUCACCUCCAUGUUGCUCUGAGUAAACAGGAGACUCUGCAGAGUGACACAGCCACAGCCUUUAAAACAGCCUUCAAACACACAGAUGACAUGUUCAGGGGCAAAGCCAAGAGAGAGCGCCUGCGGAGUGGCACUACGGGCGUGGCGGUGCUGAUCCAGGAACAAGAGCUGUCUGUGGCUUGGCUGGGAGACUCUCAAGCAAUACUGGUCAGGAAGGGACAAGCUAUUACGCUCAUGGACCCCCAUAAACCAGACAGAGAGGAUGAGAAACAGAGGAUUGAGGAUCUUGGUGGCUGUAUCACCUUCAUGGGUUGCUGGCGUGUUAAUGGCACCUAUGCUGUAUCCAGAGCUAUAGGUGACUUUGACCAGAAGCCCUAUGUGUCUGGAGAUGCUGACUGCUCCACAACCCAGCUGUUAGGGGAUGAGGACUACGUACUGUUGGCCUGUGAUGGCUUCUUUGAUGCAGUCAAACCUUCAGAAGUCCCACAUCUGGUCCUGGAUGCACUCCAGCCAUCUGUUGACCCAGAGGGCGGGGGAGAUGCUCCGCUUGAACAGUCAGAGGACACUGUUGGACUGAGAGUCGCUCAACAGUUGGUAGCUCACGCGAAAGCAGCUGGAUCAAGUGAUAACAUCACAGUGAUGGUAGUGUUCCUGUGUCCAAUUCAACAGCUUCUGUCUCAGAACUCCACCAAAGGAACUGCACAAAAUGCAGCACAGCAGUGAGGAGGUCUG